GCGAGGAGGAACAGUUCAGGAACAAGAUGGCUGUCCUGAGGCAAGAAAACCAUCUUUCUCUCUUCACAUAAACACCGCAGUCCAAGGCGGCCGGCAGUUUAACGAACAUAGCUUAGUAGGAAACAACUUUAAACGCUUUAAAGGCUUCGCUUUGUAACGACGGACAUGGUUUUCCGAGACUGAACUGAAGAUCGCUUGAAGUUUUCUCAUGAAGGGAAGUUUCCCGAACGGUUUGAUGAGAGUGGAAACUGCUAGCGGUGGCUGUGAGGAGCAGGAGAGCGUUACUACACCGUCCCUGCUAGAACCGUUACUCUCCCCAAACCGCGUAUUUGUACGUUAUACAGUUAUUUGACUAACUUUUAAACUCUGUCUGCUUUACUUUUUAGGCGUCUAACACUUGAGUAUCUUAAAGCUUAAAAUGCUUCAGUCGUUUUAAACAUUUAUCGGCUGUUUUUGCUUUUUUACGUAACGUUUAACUUUUGCACAUGAACUAGCUAAAAAAAAAACUAGCUAGCUAAGUGGACCAUGAGUUCAUCCCGAGUCAGACCGCAGCAGCUACCGCAGAGCCAGGCUGGCAGGGUGCCGCACGGGCUCGACUCCAGCGAAGGGAUAGAGAUGGAGAACAUCCAGCAUCAAGACCUGGGUCUCGGAGGAGUAAUAGGCACCCCGUCCCCUCCGUCGAGACAAGCAUGGAGUCGGGAUAACCCGGGUUUCGAGCCCGAGGAUGAGAUCAUGGGAGCCGACUGGCCUCCGGCGAGCCCCGGGAGGAGGUCGGUGUCCACGGCCUCCAGCAGCAGCUGCAGCAGCGGCCUGGGCAGCUACACCGGCGGGGGCAGCAGCACCCACAUCCCCCGAGGAGGACUCUACCCGACCCCGACUGUGGAUGCCCAGCAGCAGGACCGGCAUGAGCACCGCAGCUGUAUGAAGCAGAUACUGCAGAGGAUCAGAGUUCUGUGGUGCACAGAGCUGAUGGAGGACAGCGACAGCAGUCGAGAAAGGUACCUCAGGAACGUACUGCGGGAGAUGCUCACAUACAUGGCGUUCCUCGUCACGAUUUGCAUCUUGACCUACGGGAUGGUGAGUGCCAACAUGUACUACUAUACCAAAGUCAUGUCUCAGCUGUUCCUGGACACGCCACUGUCUGCCGGGGACCCCUCCACUUUCAGAAGCCUCUCAACCAUGGAGGACUUCUGGAAGUUCACACAGGGACCUUUCCUCAAUGGCAUGUACUGGGAGGUGUGGUACAAUAACAAGAGCCUGCCAGAGAACCAGAGUCUCAUCUACUAUGAGAACCUCCUCCUCGGGGUGCCACGGCUCCGGCAGGUCAAAGUCCGCAAUGGGUCCUGCUCGGUCCAUGAAGAUCUGAGAGACGAGGUUCAGGACUGCUACAACAUGUACACCCCAACCAACGAGGACACCACCCCCUUUGGCCCCAAGAAUGGCUCUGCGUGGGUGUACGCAACAGAGAGUGAGAUGAAUGGGAGCAGUUAUUGGGGUCAGGUGUCGAAAUACGGAGGCGGAGGAUACUACCAGGACCUGUCUCGUACGAAGGAGGAGUCGACGAUCCAGCUGCGGUUUCUCAAAGACCACCUGUGGCUGGACAGAGGCACCAGAGCGGUCUUUCUCGACUUCUCCGUCUACAACGGCAACAUCAACCUCUUCUGCAUCGCCAAGUUGCUGGUGGAGUUCCCGGCGACAGGUGGGGUGGUCACCUCCUGGCAGUUCCAAACGGUGCGUCUGAUACAAUAUGUGUCCAGCUGGGACUACUUUGUGGGUCUGUGUGCGGUGGCGUUCUGCCUCUUCGUCUUCUACUACGUGGUGGAGGAGGUGCUGGAGAUCCGCAUCCACCGUCUGCAUUACUUCAAGAGCCUGUGGAACUGCCUGGAUGUUCUCAUCGUCGUGUUGAGCGUUGUCGCUAUUAUCAUGAACAUAACCAGGACAGCCAUGGUUGGCAGCCUCCUCAAAGGCCUGCUGGAGAACCACUCUGCUCACCCCAGCUUUGAGUCUUUGGCCAACCUGCAGGUCCAGUUCAACAACGUGGCGGCGAUCAUCGUCUUCUUUUCCUGGGUCAAGCUUUUUAAGUUCAUCAGCUUCAAUAAGACCAUGAGUCAGCUCUCCAGCACCAUGUCUCGCUGUGCCAAGGACCUCGUGGGUUUUGCCAUCAUGUUCUUCAUCAUCUUCCUGGCGUAUGCUCAGCUAGCCUACCUGGUGUUUGGAACCCAAGUCAACGAUUUCAGCACUUUCCAGGCCAGCAUUUUCACCCAGUUCCGCAUCAUUCUGGGAGACUUUGAGUUCUCAGAAAUAGAGGAAGCAAAUCCAGUGCUCGGACCCAUCUACUUCACAACCUUUGUCUUCUUCAUUUUCUUUAUUCUCAUGAACAUGUUCCUGGCCAUCAUCAAUGACACAUACUCUGAGGUGAAGGCUGACAUGUCCCAGCAGAGGUCUGAGAUGGAAAUGAGUGACCUCAUUAAGAAGGGUUGUAACAAGGCUUUGAUGAAGUUGAGACUGAAGAAGACGGCGGUAGACGACAUAUCAGACAGUUUGCGUCAGGCCGGAGGCAAACUGAACUUUGACGAACUCCGCCAGGACCUGAAAGGAAAGGGCCACACAGACGCAGAGAUUCAGGCCAUCUUUGCCAAGUACGAUCACGAUGGCGACCAGGAGCUGACGGAGCACGAACACCAGCAAAUGAGAGACGACCUGGAGAGAGAGAGAGAGGACUUGGAUCUGGAACGUAAUUCGCUGACCAGACCCAGCAGUGGGCGGAGCUUCCCUCGUACCCAGGACGACUCGGAGGAAGACGACGACGAGGAUAGCGGCCACAGCUCUCGUCGUCGCGGCAGCAGCUCAGGGGGGGUCUCCUAUGAAGAGUUUCAAGUGCUGGUGAGACGUGUGGACAGGAUGGAGCACUCCAUCGGCAGCAUAGUGUCUAAGAUAGAUGCUGUGAUUGUGAAGCUGGAGGCGAUGGAGAGAGCUAAAGUCAAGAGGAGGGAUGUGCUGGGCAGGCUGCUGGACGGCGUCAUGGAGGACGAGCGUCUGGGACGGGACACCGACGCCCACAGGGAGCAGAUGGAGAGGCUGGUGAGGGAGGAGCUGGAGCGCUGGGAGUCUGAUGAUAUGGCCUCACAGGUCAGCCACCCGCAGCCGGCCACUCCUGUCGGCCACCGGCCCCGUCCGUCCUCUUCCCUGUCCGCCGACGGCCUCGACACGAGCACAACCGGGAGCGGCCAUGUGUGAGGACGUGGCCCGGUGAGGAAUAUUCCACUCUGGCAACAAACUCUCUAAUGGAAAUAUCGCUGCAGCGGUACGAGCACCUGAAGACGUGGGACCAUUUUUGCAGAACAAAACGAGAUUUCUUAUUGAAGCUGUUUAGACUUCUUGAUGUUUUACAAAGGAGGUGACAAAAUCAGACGCACUUCACCUCAAACACUUAAAUGCACUGAAAGUGAGUGAAGCAGAUGUUUCAAAGUAUUCACUAAACUGUCUAAAGCUUUUUACCAAGUAUUAAGUAAAGAAUGAUGAAGGAAUUACUGCACAGUAUUGCAUCACAGUAUACACUACACGCCUUCCAGCAUACUCAGAAGUACUCAGAAUACACAGCGUAUGAUGUUAAUCUGCUCCGCAGCUUUUGAUUACUGUAUCCUCACAUUAGCAUUUAUACAAAUACCAAAAGGGCGUUUCUAUGACUGUUAAUUUUGCUGAUUAUUUUCCACCAUUUUAAUAUACAGUAGGUACAAGUGUGGCACAUUCUGUCAUAUUUACUCAUCUUCUGUACGUCAAUGAAGCUUCAAAUUAAAUAGCUUAUUAUCGUUUUAUGAUACAUAUUGUAACUUAAAACAAACUUCGAUUUGGAGUGCAUCUAGUGUUCAUGGGAAACCCAUGCAUUUAUUUUCCCUGUGCCUUACUUUUUUUACAGUCUUCCUUUUUUAAUCUGUUAUACCAAAAUAAAGUGUUAU